CUUCGUUCGACUGUCAAAAUGAAGUAAACAGAAUAACAGAACAGUCUACAUAAAUUUGAGAAAAUAUUUAAUUUACUUGAGAAGAGAAACUGAAACUUCUAUCAACAUCUUGCAGCUUGAUUGAUUUUGUUUCAUAGAUUCACUGGAGUUCUUGGAAGUAUUUUUAGACAUUAAAUUGUGUAGAUAUUAGGCAAACUUUUCAUUAAAAUUCAGAUUAUGGACCAAUACUUGUCAUGAAAAUAAUUUUAUAUUAAGUCUACGCCAAAAGUUAUGAAUCUUGCCUUUUAAAUAACUUAGGCCAAUAGGAUAUUUUUAAGCAGAAAAUUAGGAUGUCGCCAAUCUACACAAACUAGAGCUACUGUACUCAAACUAGAGACAGUAUCAAUUAAUCAUCUGUAGGUUAUCUAACCCUUUCUUAACUGAAUAAAUCAUCAUGACAUCUCUAUUAGAUCAGUAUGAGCAGACAUCUCAACGAACCAUGGGCCCAACUGCUCCAUCAUCGCCUGCUGGACCAGAAGUGAAACCCGCAUCUGGUUUCAUCAAUAUGGCUGUAGAAGAUGAGACUCCCAUGUUUUACAAGCAGAAAGUAAACUUUGCGCCUCCGGAUAAGAUUAUCCACAUGUGUGUCAGCAGCGAGCUCAUUGUACUAGCAAUGGCCAACGGAAUCCUAUUUCGGAUAGACUUGAAAGCCCCAGACAAACCUGAAGAGAUUGAUUUUUCAAAGCUGUGUCCCCAGUUGAGACUGUCAGGCAUGUUCCUAGAUCCUACAGGAGAUCAUUUGUUGCUCAGCUUUGUCCCGAGAAACCCGGAAUCUGGUCUACAAGCGGAGCUUUUCUACCUCAACAGAAAGUCUACUAAAAUUAGGCCGGCCACCAGAUUCCGAGGACACGAGAUCACUGCGGUCGGAUGGAACCAUGAGAACGUCAAGUCAGACACAACCAAACCUCUUCUACUCGGCACAUCCAAGGGACUUAUUUUGGAAACGGCUUUGUCAAACGACUCGGAGAGAAUCUUCCAAUCGAGCAUAGAGCAGUAUUUUAAACAGCUGCCCAACUAUCUCCCUUUAUACGGACAAAAAGAAGUGGAGGGAAUGGUGUUUGACAUUGGCAAGGGGAACAGCCCUAUGACUGGACUGGAGUUCCACAGACUGCCGAAUAGAGAACGCUACUUCAUCAUAGCUACCACGCCCAACCGCAUUUACCAAUUUGUGGGAAACGUAAAUAGCUCUGAGGAUCGGCCUCUGUUACAGCAGAUCUUCAAUGUGUAUCUUUCCAAAGCGGAGGGCUUCAUAGAAGUUCCUAGCCAGAAGGUCCUGAAGUACUCCAAGCUGCAGUUCUUCUAUCCAAAGUCUUCGCAGCAAAAACCAGUUUUGCCUUCAUCCUUUGCGUGGCUAACAGAAGAAUCGAUCUUCUACGGACAGGUAGACAUCAGUGGCGAGGGAGAAGAAGUUUUGUCAGACAGUCAACGCCUCAACUACCCUGCCUCAGCGCCUGCACCCCUCAACUUUGUGCUUACAGAGUUCCAUGUUCUUCUUCUCUACCCGAACAAAGUUGUCGGCCUGUCCAUACUAAACCAGAGCAUGGUGUUUGAGGAUUUGUAUAAUGAGUCAUACGGCCGGCUGGUUACCAUCACCAAAGAUCCCACAAAAGGCACUGUCUGGGUGAUUGCAGAAAGAACUGUUUAUCGUUACAAGAUAUCUAGAGAAGAUCGUAACGUUUGGCAGAUAUACAUGGAGAAAGGGCAGUUUGACUUGGCUAAAGAAUACUGCAGUACCAACCAAGCUUACCUGGACCAGGUCUUGAAUAGGGAGGCAGAAACUCAUUUUAACAACCAAGAAUAUGAACUCAGUGCAGAACGCUAUGCCGAGACUCACUCCUCGUUUGAAGAAAUUGCCCUCAAGUUUUUACAAGUCUGGCAAAUCAAGGCGCUGAAAACAUUUCUUCAGAAGAAAUUAGAAAAGCUGCGGCCAUCCGACCAGACUCAGACUACGAUGAUUGUUAUAUGGGUCAUAGAGCUGUUUAUGAACGAAAUGGGAACUCUGCGCAGCCAGGGAAUGGAGCACAGCAAUGAGUAUCAACAAUUGCAGCAGGACUUGGAUAGGUUUCUGGCUCUUAGACAGGUUGAGGAGUGUGUAAAGCGUAACAAGGGCACUGUUUACGACCUGAUGGCGAGUCACGGAGAUAAACAGAGCAUGAUACGACUGACAAUAGCUAACAAAGACUUUGAGAGAGUGGUUCAACAGCAUAUACACAAGGGCGACUUCUACAAAGCCUUGGAUGUACUUCGUAAACAGAAAGACAAGUCACUGUUCUACACUUUCACACCUGCGCUGGUGCAGGCAGUACCCAAGGCUAUGGUGCAGGCACUCAUUGAGCAAGGCCGUGCGCUCGAUCCCACCAAGCUGUUACCUGCACUUGUCACCUGCCAUGCCGAUGAGAAUCAGGCGAAUGAGAUCAUCAGGUACUUGGAGUUUUGCGUCAGUUCGAUGAAUGUGCAAGAACAAGCUGUGCACAACUACUUGUUGACAUUGUAUGCUCAACAUAAGCCUGAUAGGCUCAUGAGGUAUCUCGCUAUGCAGGGCCAGGAAGUGUCCAUGGUGAACUACGAUGUUCACUACGCACUACGGCUGUGUAGAGAGCGAGGGCUGACUCAAGCGUGUGUGCAACUUUCUGCAUUGUUGGGACUGUGGCAAUCAGCUGUUGACCUGGCUCUGUCUAUCAGUGUAGACUUGGCCAAGCAGACGGCCAGCAUGCCUACUGGUGACGACGAGCUCACCAAGAAACUGUGGCUGAAGAUUGCUCAACAUGUUGUCAGUAAAGACAACGACAUCCAGCAAGCGAUGCAGUUCCUCAAAGAAUGCGAUCUCAUCAAGAUUGAAGAUAUUCUGCCGUUCUUCUCAGAUUUUGUCACCAUCGACCAUUUCAAGGAGGCAAUCUGCAGCGCUUUACAGGAAUACAACCAGCACAUCCAGGACUUGAGGGAGGAGAUGGAGGACGCUACAAAGUCAGCUGAUGUCAUCCGACAGGAGAUACAAUCCUUUAGGACGAGGUACACAGUACUGGAGCCGGGGGACGCCUGCGCAGUUUGUGACAUCCGCCUGAUUCUGCGGCCGUUUUACGUGUUCCCCUGCGGUCAUCGCUUUCACGCAGACUGUCUGGUGACAGAACUGAAACAGCAUUUGUCUCAACAGACGCAGAAUGAACUGAGAGAUCUGCAGAAGAAGCUGGCAAACCUGUGUGCUACAGCGACGGACACGACGUCAGCUGGUACUGCCUCACUGCUGGGCAGAGAACAGGUGAAGACUGACAUCGACACCAUCGUAGCCUCAGAGUGUCUGUACUGUGGAGACUACAUGAUCAAUGCUCUUGAUCAACCGUUUAUCAAGGAUGAAGACUACGACCGCAUUACAAAGGAGUGGGAGUGAUAAUAAAGUUAGGUGCUAAAUGGUAAAUAUACCUAGUUUCAAUUCAUUUCACAGUGAUCACCAGUUUUGUAAGUUUAAGCCUAAUCUUAGUCCUACAGCCAGAAGAAAUGUUUUUGUGGACAUAUAAGCUUGGACCCAAUUAUUUUAGGUAAGUUUGAAUUUAUUUCCCCGUUUCAACAACAAUGAUUAUUCAGUCACAUAGUUUUUAUUUUAAAUAAAACUUUGUUUUUAAACAACAAACACUUAAAAGAUCUAAAUAUCUUGUUAAGUGUUAUAAAAAUGGUGAUUACUGUUAUAAAAAUAGUGUAAUUCAGAGGCCAUACCAUAGCUAAAUAUUAUCAUGAUAUGUGAUGUAUUUUUAUACUCAUGUUGUUUUUUGUUAUGUUAUUUUGCGGAGCAAUAUUUUAUUUAUACAUGUGUAAUUCUAAUCAAACCUCUCUCGUUGGAAAUCACUUUUUGAGUUUAUUAAUCGUUUUAGAAAUUGUUCCACAGGUUUAGUUCAACAAUAGAUUUAUAAAAUGUAAACUUCAAUACAAACAAUAAGAUGUAAUGAGGCUUAUUUUUACUGGUUUUAUUGGUUUAUCGUUUAUCAUCACAAAUAUUACCCACAAUGCUCUUAAGAUAAUUUUUACCUCUGCAGCAAUGUUUACAAGCUAGUCAUUAAUGUAUUACCAGCUUUAUGUCAAGUUUCGUGUUCAAUCGUUUAGUUGAAUAUUUAUGUAAAAAUUUCCAUUUGAAUGGGAAAGAGUAACUGAUUAAUUUAAACUGUAAACUUCUUUUUAACUACAGUACAUUAUCAAAAGUUGAUGUCUCUUCUUAAGUGUCUUUAGUUUAUGUUCAUUAUUUUACAAAACUCUUAAAAUAAAAUAAAUUAUUUGGGCUUUAGUGUAUUAAAAUUUGUAAUAUUGGGAAAAUAUCAACAUUUUGACUGUACAUUCCUAUUCCUAGUUGUUAUUAGUAUGGUUCAUUUGUAAGUUUUGUGCAAGCAUGAAUGUAGAUUUUAAUUAAUAUAUUUGUAAUUGUUUUUGUUUUAAUAAUUUAGUUUACUAGGAGCAGUUUAGACAUGAAAGACAUUUUAAAUAUUUAAACUAUUAUUUUGUUUUAAAAUUUUGGUUUUUCCUCAAACAUUUUUGAAUCACACUGCUAAGCUGUCUAUAAGUGUUGUUAUUGUUUGUUAUGUCUUUUGUAUAAAAAAUAUAUAUUUUAAAAUAGCUUUGUUACCUGUAUAUAUGAAGAGUGCAAUUAUAUAUAAAAUUUAUA